CUCUCAUGGUCCAUGCUUCACGCAAGCAGCAAGGACGAGAGGAGAGGACAGAGUGGGGAAGCUGAAGCUGAAGCAAGCGGAGGAGUGCACGCGAAUCCCUCCUCGCCGGCGAGAAUGCAGGAGCAGGCGACGAGCUCGCGGCCGUCCAGCUCCGAGAGGUCGUCCAGCUCCGGCGGCCACCACAUGGAGAUCAAGGAAGGAAUGGAGAGCGACGAGGAGAUAGGGAGAGUGCCGGAGCUGGGGCUGGAGCCGGGCGGCGCUUCGACGUCGGGGAGGGCGGCCGGCGGCGGCGGCGGCGGGGCGGAGCGCGCGCAGUCGUCGACGGCGCAGGCCAGCGCGCGCCGCCGCGGGCGCAGCCCCGCGGAUAAGGAGCACAAGCGCCUCAAAAGGUUGCUGAGGAACCGGGUAUCAGCGCAGCAGGCAAGGGAGAGAAAGAAGGCAUACUUGAAUGAUCUUGAGGUGAAGGUGAAGGACUUGGAGAAGAAGAACUCAGAGUUGGAAGAAAGAUUCUCCACCCUACAGAAUGAGAACCAGAUGCUCAGACAGAUACUGAAGAAUACAACUGUGAGCAGAAGAGGGCCAGGUAGCACUGCUAGUGGAGAGGGUCAAUAGAGGAGAAGAUGACAGCAAGUAGUAGAACACUUUAUGCUCGAAUAUGCUUCUGGGUUUGAAUUGAUCCUAGAACUUGGAACUUAAUUUGGUUGGAUUAACCCAGGGAAAAAAAGAGAACUUUUACGGUACAUUCUUCUUGAAGUAUAUACUACCAGUAUAUUUGAUCUAACGGUGUAAAUUCAUCUGAUAUUUCUCCCAAUUAUUCUGCAGUAUAAAUUGAAUAGGGUAUAUUUAUCUUUUUAUC